GUGGGCGGCAUUACAUCUCGCGAUAGGUUAUCCCCAAACCCCUCCCUCUCGCGCUCUUUUUUUAAAACCCCCUCCCCCGGGCGUUUUGACGUUUCUCCAGAGCCGGCGUGUUCGGACAAUAGCGGAGGGGAGGAGGCGGCUUUGAGGGAGUUGCCGUCGCGUCUCUCGAGGAGCGCCGUCGUCGCGGCCUUAGCCUCUGGGCCUGCGAGUGAGUCUGUCAGGGCGGGUGGAGUGAGCGCGACGAGGUUCUGCCUCUCUCAGGGGGCAAGGCGCGUAAAGUAACGGGCUCGGGCCGCCGUUCGCCGUCGCCUUAUAUAUAGCGACAAACCCAAGCAAAAUUGGUGGGCCUGCGAAGCCCAGCUAAAGUUUUGAUAAACGUUGUUAAAACGAAAGAGAAGCGCACGCCCCUGAAACAAGCAUGUAAGGUCCCGGAGAAAACCAUGAAUGCUGAUUUCGUAUCUGCCCAUAACGUUUAUAUUAAAGCUUUUCCACCUGCUGUUCCCAAAAAACAAACACGUGUUUUUUUCCUCCAGGCGGUGAUGUCUUAAAUUUGGAUGUGGCGGGGAGGGGAGGGGCAAAUGUCUCGUGGGUUUCUGGUACUGAUGCAUAGGCCUCAGAAACACUCCAGGGACUAGAUGCUAUCUGUAAGUAAUAACAUGCCCUAAGGGGCUUGCAUCCGAUUCCCACCCCCAAAUUCUGGGAACAGUAGCCUGUGGGUGCUAGAAACCGUAGCUCUGCAAGAGGGUGAACUGCAGUUCCCAGGAUUCUUAAGAGGUGGGGAUGUGCUUUUAAGUACAUGGUGUGUAUUUUCCAUGCACCAUCUAAUCUAAUCCUUUCUAAAUGCAUUACAGUUAUAGCAUCUUGGACAUUUUGGAUCAGACAAACUCCUUGGGCUGUAUCCAACUGGAAUCCAUACUCUUCCCCCCCCCCCUUUAUGCUGGACUGAGGGUGGGGGACACAUGUUUUGGGCGUGGUUUCUGCCUGCACAGUGAUGCUGUGAAACUCCACUUUCAGCCUUUCAAAUGUGCAGGUGGAUUGAAGUGCCACUGGCAGAAUCUCAGCAGUGCCGAGCCCACACAAGCUGACCCUAUCGCUGCCACAUAACAGCAAGCCCAAUUUUGGCUUGAGCAGCUCCAGGCCAGUGCAGCAAUCUGCCUGACUCGCUACCCUGGCUACCAAGUGUGUAGCAGGGCUGCAGGUACAACAGGGUUCCUGCUGCUCUGUAAAGUCCCACACUUACCUUUGUUCCACAUUUCUAGGCACAGGUCCAGGCUUUCUAGGUCUUUUUUUCUUUUUGCUCCAGUGCUUACUCCAAAACUCCCUGCUCUUUGCUGCUAAAUCAGAUCAAACAGCAAUCUGCAGAAAACCCAUAUUGCCAUUUACUCCAAUUUGGCAGUAAAGAUCAGGUUUUCCUGGGGAAAGUGGCAGGUGGACCUGUGCCUAGAAAGUAUGGAGCAAAAGGUAAGUGUGGAUGAGCUCAUACUUGGAAGUAAAUUUGGUGAAUUCAGUAAAGUCUGUUGAUUACAAGGGCUCUAUUCUGAGUAUGACUUAAUUGGAGACAAUCCUUUAUCUUAAUCUGUGAUCUUAAACUUGCAUGUCUAGUUUAGUGUAGUGUUUUUAGACUGUUCUGUAAAAUCUUGAGGUUGAUUGGAAACUUAAUGAUUCCUCAAUAAGUUCAGUAAUCGUGUACAACCUUUGCUGAAACACAGCUUGUCUGCUGUUGUUGAUGUUCCUUUGCAAUGUAUGACUGCAGGGAAGUGUGACACUGGUUCAUAGAUGACAACUGUGGGUCCCAAAGAUACUGCUAUGUGGAAAGUGCUUCUUCAGGAUAGAAAAGUUUGAAAACCAAAAUCCCAUUGGCGUCAAAAACUUUCCAAAAAAGUAUAUAUAGGAUUGGGUUAUAUUAUGUGUUAAGCAGGGAGAAAUAUAUCCCAAAGUGCAGGGUCCAUAGAAGAAGCGGUAACUUGCACGUUAGAUUUAUAUUUUUUGUAAGACAUACAGUUACACUGUUUUCCUUUUUAUCUGAAAGAUUUACGUAGGGUUCACUAGGCAAGAUUUAGCGAGUUAAGGGACUUAGUGUUGACACUUUAGCCUUGAUAUAUGGUAAGUUGCACAAUUCUCUCUUAAUUCCUUGAACAUAGUGAUUGGUGGAAACAAUGAUAUGGGGGUAUUGUGCAGCUUUUUUUGCCUUCAAGCAGAGGAGAGGCUCAAUGCGACAGACAUCCUCAAAAUAAUUCAUAAUGUGUUUUUUCUGGAAUCCACUGCUCAUCAUAACAUCUAUUUUGAAGCUGUGAGCUUGCGGCGGGGGGCAAGAAAUAGGAAUGAUCAUGGGACAGCCAGAGAAGUUUCAUUAUCAGGAGUACACCACAAAUUGAAAUUUGUAAGAUAGUCAUUGACCUAGGUUCAAAUUGCUGCUUGAUAUGAAAAUAACAUUGACCCUGGGCCAACCACUACCUCAGCUGUAUACCUACAACACAUGAUUAAGACUAAAGAGCAAGUGGCAAAGAAACUACACUGGACAAAAGGCGAGUUUAAUGUAACAAAAACAACUACAGUACUUAUUUUCCAUAAUGUUUCUAAACUGAAAACCUUGGGAUGGUAAGAUUUCUAGUAUCUGUAAAGAUUAAUAUUUGUUUAGUGACCUCUAGUGGGCAUAGUCAGAUGGUGCUCAUAUAAAACAUCCAAAGAGUUUAAAACACAGUUUUUCAAAAUGUACUAAUAAAAUAGCUUGCAAGCGUUUAUCCACAAUAAGAAGUUGGUUACAUUUCAUGCAAUUUUCCCUGAAGCAUAAACAUGCUGGCAGUAACUGAUGAGAGUUGUAAUUCAGCAACAUCUAGAGUUCCAUACGUUCUUGAUCCUGCUUUACAGCUUAAUUUAGAGGAGGAGGAGCACUAGAUUGCGCACUGACUCAUGAACUGCAUGUAAUCACAUGAAGUUCAUUAUUUCGUGAAAGUGUUCUUGCCCCACAACAAAGGGAACUAGACUCUUGGAGUGGAGAGCUGCUUGGCUUUUUCCCUGCUAUAACAACAUAACCCAUGCUAGGCCUUCGUUUAAUAUUCCUGCAUUCCACAGGAGGUUUUUUCGGGGGGAAGAAUGAGAAGAAAAGCCUUUUGGAAAGAGCAACCAUUGAAUUAUUUAUAGUCGGAUCUAGACAGGAUUUUGUGGUAGCUGAACGGAUGUUUCUGAGGCGAAUCAUCGGCAGUGCUUAAAUCAUUCUCUAUUUUUGUAAAUAGAUUUAGCCAAGGUAAAAUCUUGAGGGAAGCAAUAUAGUUGUACAAUUUGUAAAUCUUUUUGAGGAUUUGCAGUCAGGUGUGGUACAACUUGCAGUACCUUGGGCAAAGGGCUUCUUGCUGACUGCAUCUAAAUGGCUCAUUUAAUAAGCUGCUGUCAAGUAGAAUGGGGGUAGGCAACACCCCUCACUACUUGUUUGCAAGGGAAAACACAUUCUUGAGUUAUGAAUACAAAUACUGAAUAUGGUAGUUCUGGGUUGUUAUUUGUAACAUGCCAUAUUAUUUGUAACAGGUUCGAAGAAGGGCCUCUUGUGAGAUAUGGAGUGGCACAGGAAUAUUAAAACUCAAAGACUUAAGCAACCACCUUUAGUUGUUUCUGAUCUGAAUAGACAAAUUAUGCUCACAGCUAUGCAGCUUUCUCUUUCCGUAGAGCUCCUAAUGUGUGACAUCAUCUGGGAAUUUUAGUUCAAAACAUUUGUCGCUUCUGUCACCCAAUUACCUGCCAUGGAUCUUCCUGCUGGUUAGGUUUAAGGAAUCAAAUCCAGUCUUUUCUUACUGGAUUUCACAGCGCAAGAGAAUUGGACUUCUAAGUUUUCUGUAAACUUUAACUUUAGCACUGUGAGUCAUACUCCAAUGUGUGGGUGGAGAAAAGCCCUUGAGAGUAAGUCUCUGGCAUGGAUACUUGGAAACACACUCCACCCCCCUGAAAUACAUUGCAUGUCUACAGCUGAAAUUUGUGCUGUUCCUUUUUUGGUAAAGUUUUGAUAGGAAUAAUUUUCUUAUGCUCUAUUUGGGAUUAAAUAGUGGGAUAGACACUAAGUCAUGUUUUAAAGUACUUCUAGAAAGUAAAUGAGAAGAGCUCUAAUUAUUCACUGGUAUAUUUUUGAGGAUGUUUACCUUUUUCUCAACCCCAUUACCCAUGACAUAUUUUAAUCUGCUGGACAUGCAUUGGCUGAAUUUUGAUGAAAUGCUAAACUGGUUCGGUACUUGUAGUAUGGCUAUAAGGUGGAGUUUUUGAGCUUUCAUUCCAGAUUAAAGCACAGUUUAGUGUCGCCGCCCCUUAGAUACUGGUUAAUCUUAACUAUGAUUAGUUGAAACAAGACAGCUUCAUAAACUACUGUAUGAAGCUGGCUUGUUUCAACAAACCAUAAUUAGGAUAACUAUGGUUUGCCUGUGUUCAGAUGACAUGGGUAGCUGGAGGAAACGUGUGGGAGCCUGAAGGCUGAUGAGGCUUGUUCUCAUAAUGCUAAAUGAAGUAGUUUCAAAAUGUUGGUUGGCUUCCUUAAAAGUACCUGGCAAAAGAUAGGCCAGGAAGAGGAAACUUUCUUAGGAGAAGUAUUUUACACUAUGUCAAACAGGAACCUAGAGAAAAUGAGAGAAAAUUCUUUGCUUUCAGAACAGAACCCUUGCACUCUGAUCAUGGAUUCCAUGCAGUUGUUGUGUCAUGUUAAUUUUCAGCUGCUUAGUGUUCAAUAUCCUUUGUGUGACAUUGAACUGAGUGUCUGAGUAAAAUUCUCCACUGAUGUACAGUACACAAAUAGCAUGAGCAACAGCAGAACAGACAGUUUUUCUAUAAGCUUCAGUACUCUUCUGUCUUUGCUCUCUAUUAAGCCCAUCACAAAAGUUGGUUUCUAUGUUGGUCUUGCCAAAAACAAAGCCAGUGAAAGAAUCUGACUAGAGCUUUUACUUGGCAACUGAAAGACAAGGAGAGGAUGUUUACACAAAAUAUUCCCUGCUCAGUUCCAGAACAUGAUAUCCUGAGUUCCUUUCUCACAAAAAUAAACUGAGCAGAUCAGGAUCAGAGGAAACUUCACGUAUUGCUGUGUGUAAGGAUUGUGGUCAGGUAAGGUCCUGUUUUCCUUUACGAGAGUUAUUUACUUUUUAAGUUAGGUGGACAGAACAUAGCCCCAGAAACAGCUGUCCAAUAUGUAUCCGUUUCUGCCAUAACCUUAAAAUUGCCAGACUGUAUGUAGGAUGACAACAGCCACCAUUUGUGCUGUGGAAGCUGCUCAUUCCAACUCCUUCCUGCUCUGGUCAUGCAGAGAAGUGUAUAGGAAGAAGACUGUACUAGGAUAUGUUGAAGGCAGAAGAAUGGGGCAGGAUGAUAGAACAGAGGGAAGCACCCAUUAACUUUUAUUUACAUAGGUUGGCAAAGUAAGAUAAUAAGCUUUUUGUAAAAUAAGUUCUUGUUGCCUCUCUCUUUGCAUACAAAAGCUAUUCCUACCAAUUCUUUACAGCAAGUUACGGCAUGCUAUAUGAUGCCUCACUAUAUACACCUCACCUUGCUUCCAGUAAAACCACCAGCCUUGGUUUUAAAGGCUAGAUGUCCAUCUAGACCAGGGACGUCUAACUCCCAAUAGACUGCGAUCUACUCACAGUAUAAAAAAACUGGCAGUGAUCUACCCAUUGUCGUUGGAUGGACCAAAGUUGUUGAGCUUAUUUUAGGAAACCACAGUUGUUCCCCCCUUUUUUGGGGGGGAGAUCACUGAGGGGCCAAAUACCUACCAGGAACACCUUGUGAUCUAUCAGCAGAUCACGAUCUACCUGUUGGACAUGACUGAUCUAGACCAAUAGAUAACUCAAAUUCCAUGUUGGAAAUAAAAAGGAAAAAAAGGCUUUACAAAUAGAAAUGUGUUUUUUUUAUUUAGAUUGACCUGUUAUUUACCGUAUUUUUCGCUCUAUAAGACGCACCAGACCACAAGACGCACCUAGUUUUUAGAGGAGGAAAACAAGAAAAAAAAUAUUUUGAAUCUCAGAAGCCAGAACAACAAGAGGGAUCGCUGCGCAGCGAAAGCAGUGAUCCCUCUUGCUGUUCUGGCGUCUGGGAUAGCUGCGCAGCCUGCAUUCGCUCCAUAAAAUGCACACACAGUUCCCCCUACUUUUUAGGAGGGAAAAAGUGAGUCUUAUAGAGCAAAAAAUACGGUACUUUGAAUUGUUCACGCUACUUGAACUGUUUCAGUUAAUAGAAUAGAUCACAUCAUUUUGAAGCCAUGUUGUAGAAAAUGGAAUAAGCUCUUCCCUAGGUUUUACCUUGCUAUUAACAGGAAUAUAUUAUUCAAACAAGCUAUAAAUACACUUUCUGAAGAAAAGACCAGCUGUAUUUUCAUCUCAUUUUAUGGUUAUAUAACGUGUCAGAAACAGCAGCACAAAUACCACCUCGCAUGUAAAAAAAGAAAUAUACACAUUACUAAUUUUAACUGCAAAAAUGUUUUUGAUGAAUAUGUGUGUUUUCUAUUGGUAAACUGGUUUGACAUAGGGACUUGAAUCUAUAAAAGAAAAAGAAAGCCAAAAUGUCAUUUAAUAAGUCACACACAGUUUCAUGUCCACCCCCUUUCCCACAUAUGCUCGACUUACGGUGGCAGCACUGCUUUUUGUUUUGCUUCACUCACAUCUCUGUGGACUAAGUCAAGCAGAAUUGUGAAAUGGCUCGUGAAAUAUUUCAGAGUUGGUAUGAGGAUAAGGACUCACCAACAUGUAAUGAGAAUUGCUCCCUGUUUAUUUCCAUGAAGAAUCUUCUGGUGCAGUGAGAAGUGAUACUAGUGAAAGAAGAGGAAUGUAUUAUUUGGAUUGCUUGUGUGUCCAAAUUAACUGCUAGAGUAUGCUGUGUUCCAGAGCAAGUCAAAGGUUUUUGUGCACACAUCUAUGCCCUUUCCAUUCAUAUCUGACACACAGAGGACACAAGUGUCAUUGUUGGCAUGCCUGUUUUAUUUUUGGUAAAAGGUUUCUAGGCCAUCUUUCAGACAAAAGUUUCAAGGUAGCUAACAAAAAAAUCAGUUGGCUUUAGUAGGAUGAUGUGGAGUAGGCAAUCUACGAGGUAUGAGAACUAAACAAUUCAGAGGAAAACUAUCUUGAGUUGCUCCUGAAGGCUAUAGAAAAUGCUGCAACACAAGUGUAACUUUGCUGGUGGUAGCCUAUUCUACUUCCUCCCAAUGUCUCUUGGCAGGCUUUCUCCCAUCCUCAUUCUUCCCCACCCGCCUCAAACAUCCAUCCAUUACCUUAUCUGGACAGCUGUAUAUGAGAAACUUCAUAUAAUUUCAGCUGUUGCACUUCAGUAGAAUUUAUCGGGAAUGGAAUGCUGACUGUCUGUUGGGGUGUGCGGAAGAAAACUGGGAGGGAAGAGAAAUGCAAUGGGGAGUGCUGAACAGGAUCACUCUACACUGCAUCUCUUUGUUGCAUACCUUACGUGCAUUUCUUCAAAUUAUAAGAAAGCUGCAAGGGAGAUGGGCAAAGGGAGGGAUAAAUUCCCCCAAGGACACCCCCCAGGCCCUUUGUAAUCAGGACUGAAUGAGCAAACCGUCUCUUGGCAUGGAGCAGCUGUUGAGGGCAGGUUCCAAACUCUCUCUUGGAAUUCCGAACAUUGGUAGAAAGAAAUUCUAGUCUUGAUGUCAAUGGCAGUUCUAUUAUGAGAAAUUUAAAGGCAAAAAGAUAAUGCCUUCAUGGAUGUUCCAAGGCUCUCCUACCCUGAGACUUGGAAACUGAUUGAUUGUACUGUGCUAUUCACCAUGUCGCCUAUAAUGCGUAGGUUCUGAGAAUACACACUGGCUUCAAAGGUAUCAGAAUCCACCGCUUACUGGAAUAAGCAAACAAACAUAAACUAGAAUGCUUGAAUUUCGCUCCAGUGUGAAAUCAAUGUAACAAAUGGAUGAUUUUAACUGCUUGGGUUAGGCAGUCAAAAAAGCCUGGAUAGAGAAUAUGUGGUUGGGUUCUCUCUUAACAGGCGUGCAAACUGGCUCUUUGGGAAAGAGAAGAGUGAAACUAUAAUACAUAAUUUAAGUCAUGGUCUUUUGUAAGUCGUACUUACUGCGAUCUAAGGUUAACUGAAAAGCAACUAUUAGCCCCUAUUUACUUUUAUAUUUUCCCUGAAACAAUUGAAAUUGGCUCUUGUUGCUUCUGCUGUUUCAGCUACCUGAUUGUACUGUCCACCUAUAUAUUGGUGCCACCUGCAACUAAAAUGACUGCAAAAAACUGACAGGUUGCUUUUUGUACCCUACUCUGUGCUAGGCUUUUUUUUUUCAACAUUUGACAUUCCAUGAGGAAAGCAAAUUCACGCAAAGGCUUAAUCUAUUUUGUAUCUGUCACUCGUGCCUAGAGGGUAGCAUGGAAAGUGACUGGUGCUGCGAGGCAAUCAAUCAUUCAGUUGUGUUGCUGCUAGUGAAGCACUUGCAUUUUGCUUUUAUAGGCUGAAUGUGAAGAAAUCAAAACCAAUGUACUGGGAGCAGGAGACAUGGCCUGUGCUUUAUAAGAUCUUUACUUUCCCAUAUUUUUUGUUGUUAAUUGCAUGCCAUCUCUAUCCUGUUAACCAAUUCCUCACAACUAAGAAAUCAGGGUGUUGCUGUUGUUUUUUAUCUAACAGUUUCGUUUUUCACACUUAUUACUUUAUCACAGUGUGCAAAAUUUGACCAGUGUCUGAAAUACAUAGGUCCAUAUACAAAAGGAAAGUGGGGGUUAAGGUUUUUCCUCCCCUAUCAGCAAUUCAUUCAGAUUCAGAGGGAGAAGGACAUUGAACAGUUAACUACAGAAAGGGAACACUGCAGAGUUUUGGCUGUAGUUAGCUUGGGAAGUGACGUCUUACAGCAUUUGCUGUUCUAGAAAGAGCACAGACACGUAGUAUAAUUGGGAGGGCUCUGGGUGGCAGUGUCUCUACCACUGUGUAUAUUUAUCUGUAUGAAACGACCAAGGAGGGGAGAAUGUAAUAAGCAGUCUGCCCGCUGCUUACUAAAACUGCUGCUCUUGUGACUUCUGUUAACGCUUUUCCAGCAACAUCGCAAGCUGAGAAACUGGACGCUGUUAUAUAGAAGGAAAUAAACUUUGUGAAGGUUCAGUAUGGGAAAGGAUUAUUAUUCUGUUCUUGGGAUCGAAAAGGGAGCAUCUGAUGAAGACAUAAAGAAAGCUUACAGAAAACAAGCCCUUAAAUGGCAUCCAGAUAAGAACAAAUCUCCCCACGCAGAAGAAAAAUUCAAAGAGAUUGCAGAAGCUUAUGAGGUGCUGAGUGAUCCCCAAAAAAGAGAAAUUUAUGAUCAGUAUGGAGAAGAAGGUAAAAGAAUUUUAUGUACAGUAGUUUUAGCUUAAAAUAGAAAGCUUUUUUUUAAAUGUCAGAUGCAGUGAGGCAGUUUUUAAGAAGCAGGUUUGAGCAAUUAGAUGUGGUAACAUAGUUUGAGGAUUCAAGUCUUGCUUGAGAGUCUAAUACUUCUAUGGAAUGUUCUCAUUUAGGUUAUUUUCUAGGUGAAUCUAUUUGAUUCAUCUGUCAAACAUGUUAGUAGAUACUAUUUAAUUUAUGUUACAAAAACUUUGCAAUAGUUUGCUGAGUUUGUCUCACUCUUCCAAGGUAGCAUAAAAUAUAUGGGUAUGGUUUUAUUAAAAUAAGCUUUUAUUAAAAAUGGCCCUUCUCAGCCAGGGUCCAGGUGUCCAGACUCCAGCCAAUAUUGGCAUCUUGCCUGGAAAGGAAAGAAUUUGUCUGAUGUCAUGAAAUACUAGGACAAGUUUUCAGCUUCAUCGUAAACAGUGCUAAAGUGCCAAGGAAAUGAGGCCCAGAAGCAGUGUGUUUAGCUUAAAACGAUUAUGUUAAAAUAAUUUAGUUUAGAUGGAUUCUUAGAACUUUUGGAACUGGGUUGCUACCUUUAUGGUUCAAAAUUUUGUUCAAAUGCUGACCUAAGCUGGCUUCAUUACAAUAACAUAAUCCCUCAAUGAAACAAGACUUUUCACUUUAUGAUGGUCUAUUGAAAACAUGUGAACACUUAAUUGAUGAGCUCUUGAUGAUGAUUGCUCUGAGAAGUUUGAAUUCAUCACAAAUCUACACAUUUCUAUAAAUGCUGGUUCUACUUGAAGUUUUAAUACUGCAGCUCCAGGAUCACUGUUUCUCUUGUAGUCAUUGGACUUCCGUGAGGCCUUGAAACAAAUGGGUUCCUUAUUCUUAGUCAAGGAUCAGCAUUCUUUAGGCAUUCACAUGUUCUUUAGUCUCCUUUUCAUUCCUACCUUCUUUUCCUAAUUAUACCAAUGUGUGUGUCUGUGCUUCUUUCCCAGCCAAUAUCAGCAUGGAUUUUCUACUUGUCGUGUGAGAAAUUAAAAUGAAAGGAAUAGAAGCAGCUGUCACCAAACAUAAAAUCAUGCCUAAUAUUUAUUUCUGUGUUACACAUUAGAUCUUUAAUGAGCUUAUAAAGCUUGAAAUCUUGGUGAAUGCAGCAGCUUUACUGCUGCCCAGGACAUGGGCAGACUGUGGGUCCAGAGCCACUUUUUAUAGCCAUGGGACCUGGUGUCCUUUCAGCAAAACCUAUCCAUUAUCUAUUCUAGGAAGUGUCAUUCCGCUAAGCACAUGGUAUGGUUUGUCAGCCCGCUUGGCAUUAGUACUACAUCUGUAUAUGAUCAUCAUGCUCAUCAUAGAUAAGAGACUAGGUUUAGCCUGAAAAGCCAUUUUAGCAACCUAUUUUUAUUUACUGAAUAUUUUCUCAGCUUGGAGAAAAGACUUGAUUUUUGUUUUCAUGGUUCUAAGUCAACGCAAAUAAGAUUUUUGAAAGUAGAGUUUUAAAACCUUUCUAGAGAUUUGUAUUCUUGCAUUUCUAAAUCCCAUCCUUAUGUAAAUUUGAUUAAAAUCCAGGACAGCACAAUUUCUCUCCUAACUUUGGGUACUACAUCCCCAACUUGCAAACAUUCAUGUUCUUUUCUGUUCAUUCUCUCUCUCUCUCUCUCUCUCUCUCUCUCUCUCUCUCACACACACACACACACACACACACACACACUCUACCAAGCAGCAGAUGGCAUUUAGAACCAAAGACUAUAGAGUUAUGGCCCACAGCCUUCUCAUGCAGAGUCUGCUUAGGUGUUUUGAAGAUAGACUAGAAAGCUAAGAAACUGUUUAAAUUUAGGAUGGCUGCGUAGGUGUAAUUAAUCACAGAGUGUAGGUGGGUGCCAUAACGUUGGAAGAAAUGGCAGGCUUGAAAUAGCUGAGGUAACUGUCAGCAUGAGUGUGAUAGCAUAACUUCAUAAGAUCUCUUUAUAAAUAUCACUUUGCGUAGCUUGCAGUACUUUAGCAUUUUCUAAUUUCUUGGGCUGCAGUCUAUUCAAAACUUAGAAGUAGGUCCAAUUAAACUCAGCUGGGCUUCCAAAUAAAUGCAUGUAAGACUGGGCUGUGUUAUAUUUGAUGUGUGGCCCAAUCCAAUGGUUGCUUCCUCAAAGUAGACCCUACUGAAUACUCUAAAGUAAGUCCCAUCAUUAAAUGUGUACAUGAUUAUAGUUGAAGAUUGUGCCUUGCAUUUCUAAACCAGAAUAAUAAUAAUAAUUUUAUUAUUGUACCCCACCCAUCUGACUGGGCUGCCCCAGCCACUCUGGGUGGCUUCCAACAUGUAUGAAAACAUAAUAAAACAUUACACAUUAAAAGGCUUGCCUAUAAUGGGCUACCUUUCAAUAUUUUCUAAGGGUUAUAUAGUUACUCAUCUCCUUGACAACUGAUGGGAGGGUGUUCCACAGGGUGGGUGCCACUACAGAGAAGGCCCUCUGCCUGGUUCCCUGUAUUUAAGUUUAGCAUUGUUAAACUUAUUUGUUCCCUUUUGUAGGACUGAAAGGAGGAGCUGGAGGGCCAGAUGGGCAAGGUGGUACUUUCCGGUACUCCUUUCAUGGAGACCCACAUGCCACAUUUGCAGCAUUUUUUGGUGGUGCGAAUCCUUUUGAGAUCUUCUUUGGAAGAAGGAUGCCUGGUGGCAGAGACACUGAAGACAUGGAAGUGGAUGGAGAUCCAUUUGGUUCCUUUACUUCUUUCAAUAUGAAUGGAUUCCCAAGGGAAAGAAACACUGUUGGUAGCCAACUCCGUCGUAAGCAAGAUCCCCCUAUUGUUCAUGAACUCAAGGUAUCACUGGAAGAGAUUUACCAUGGAUGCACAAAAAGAAUGAGAAUUUCCCGAAAACGGCUCAACCCAGAUGGUAGAAGUGUCAGAACGGAGGAUAAAAUCCUCACUAUUGAUAUCAAGAGAGGAUGGAAAGAGGGCACCAAAAUUACAUUCCCCAAAGAAGGCGAUGAAACACCUAGCACCAUACCAGCUGAUAUUGUGUUUGUUAUUAAAGAUAAAAUACAUCCUCACUUCAAGAGGGAUGGUUCAAAUAUUGUCUAUCCUGUCAAGAUCACCUUACGAGAGGUAAGUACCUUGUUAUGCUUUGGAAUGGUAUUGUUAAAACUUCAUGCCAUCUGUGCUUCAAACUUGUUCACAUUGUUUUACAGUCAAAGCUGAGUCGAACUUGAUAAUAGCCCAUAUAUCAGGCUUCCUAAAACUUGGCCCGCCAGAUGUUUUUGGCCUACAACUCCCAUGAUCCCUAGCUAGUAGGACCAGUGGUCAGGGAUGAUGGGAAUUAUAGUCUCAUAACAUCUGGAGGGCCGAGUUUGAGGAAGCCUGCCAUAGAUGAUGUUGUUUGAUAAAUAUGUAGACACCCAGAUAAUGGGCGUGAUUCACCUAACGAGUCCUGUCAGCGCAAGCCCUGCAGAAGAACUGCCACUUGCACAAUGGGGCUUUCCCCUCUCCUCACACCAGCGCCCCCUCCAACCAGCAUGCCCCAAAAUUGACUCUGGGGGAGUGUUGGGAGAACUCCCAGAGCAGCACCCAGGGAGGAGGAGAGGGGGAUAGUUCCAUCUGGCAAGCUGCAGUGCUUGCAUUGAUGGCACUUCCACCAUGGUGUAACACUGGAUUCCACCCACUGUGUUGAAUAGUUCAGCACCAUUUGGAAGAAGGAUGACUGCUAUUCUUUGACUUUAGCAUGUCAUAACAGAGUGUGGGAUAAAAUAUCCAAAGCUAACACUGUACUUCAUAAUUCUGGUUGCUGCUUGUGCCAUCUCUUGCUUUCCCCUCAUUGCCAUUUUCUGUUCUAUUCUGGGUUGAAUCCAAUGCUAGUCCAACUUGGAGUAGACCCAAUGAAGUUAAUGGAUCUGGCUAACUCAGGUUCAUUUACUUCAAUGGAUCUACUCUGAGUAGGGCUAGUACUGGGCACAACUCUCUGCCUGCAACAAAAGUUAGUCAUGUACUCAGUUGAGCCUACCUUUUAACUGGCUGGGAUGUUUUCUGAUUCUAUUCAGUGGCUCUGAAUAGUAUGAGGAUGUGGCAUCGCUCUGCAGCAUGAUAGAAAAUGUGUUGGUCUAAAAGGUUAUUGGAACACAAAUGCAGAAACCCAAAACAGACUCAUGAGCAAAACUCCCACCAGAAUGCCUCUGGGGGGUGGGGAGAGCACCCACCUACACUCUAAUAAAGUUGCAGAUUUUUAAAACAGCAGAGAAAUCAGUGCUGUGUGGACAACAAGAUCUGCUUUGCUUCUAAUUUUGUAGCAAUUGAGUAGUUGGAUACAAAAUGGUGCAGUUAUGCAAACCAACACUUGGCCAAUGUAAGCAACAGUAAACUUAGCUGAGAUGGCAUGGGUUUAAUUUUAAACCAAUGCUUUUAUAUAAAUGGGUGUUAAAUUGAUAUAUAUGUACAUUAUGUUGCAGUUAGAACUAAACAAGCAAAAUGAAAUAGAACAAAACUAAACUAAAUAGCGCUAUGAGCUAUGCCUUAUAAUAAUAUUACAGAUACCGUGUAAAUACCUCUCUAUAGUGCAUCUAAGCAACUAAUAUUUUGCUAAUUUUAUUUUGAAUACAGCUUAGGCCAGGCUUUGGUUUUUUUUUGUUUCAAGUACAAUUAGUUAGAGAGUCUGGCAUUCCUAAUAGGUUGGCUGACAGUGGUUUACUGGGAUUCUUACAUAAACAUUGAAUUCCGUGCAUGUAGGACUCCUUCAUUUUUGUCCAUGGGUUGCAAAACGAGUGUAGUGCACUUAUGAUUUGCAUGAAUAGAUCAGGGAUAGGCAACAUGAUGCCCUCUGUAUUUGGAACUAAAACUCCCACCCACCCCAUUCCCCGUAACCACUGAUAACGAAUAAAGCAAGUUGCAGACAGCAUUAUCUAAAGGGUACCAUGUUACCUACAUCUGGCAUGGAUGGUUCCUACCUCAAGGAGAAGAUGGAUGGUGUCCAGUAGUGACCAGUGGGGCUGGAUUGCUAACCUGACUUGCCAACACCAGGAAGUCACUGCUGGUUAGCAAGAGGAGGAGUGGCAAAGCAGCAGGGAGCUUGGUAUGGGUGCAGCCAAUCUGCCUUUGCACUACACAGAGGUCCCCAUUGCCUUGCCCCUCUCCCUCUUGGUAAUGGGCAGCAAUGCAUGACCUUGGGAAACUAGGUCAGCAAAGCAGCUCCACCGGCCACUGCCCUGCCAACCACUACUGGUAGUGCUUAUAUGCACAAGAAGCUCCAUGUAAAGCAGGGAUGGAGAGCCUGUAACCCUCCAGAUGUUGUUGGAUGCCAAAUCCCAUAAGCCUGAGCCAGCAAUGUCAUUGGUCAUAUCGGAGUGGUCACAGGUUAGCCACUUCUGCUCUAUGUAGUGGGAACUGUUCAGCUAUGUUUGCUUAUUGUUUUCCAUUUACAAAACCAUUUAUAGUUAUGAACUGCAUACAUAGGAUUGUGCUGUAAGAAUUUGGGCUACACAGUAAUUAUUUGUAUAAGAUUCAAUCUCUGCUUCUGAAAAUUACACCCUAGGCUUUACUUGAAAAUAAGUUUACUUGUAGUGUUUCUAGCAUUACCAAUACACCCAACAUAGAGUAACAGUAUAGGAUGUAUAAUACUGUAACUGUAUUUCUAAGUUAUAUUUCAUAGAUACUUAUCUUUCUUUAAGUGCUUUACAAAAAAAAUGUCCUGCUGCUUCUGAUUUGGCUUUUUAAACUUAUUUUUUAGGCCUUGUGUGGCACCUCAAUCAAUGUACCAACAAUAGAAGGUCGAACCAUACCUAUGACAGUAAAUGAAGUUGUAAAACCUGGAAUGAGAAGAAGAAUUAUAGGAUAUGGCUUGCCAUUUCCCAAAAAUCCUGACCAACGAGGUGACUUGAUUAUAGAGUUUGAAGUAACCUUUCCAGACAGUAUAGCUCCAGCAUCAAAAGAAGUACUCAGGAGAAAUCUUCCUGUUUCAUAAAACAACGUACUUUUUUGAACUUGUUCCAAAAGGACACUGAAAAUUGAAGAUUUGAGGUUUAUGCUGUAAAAGUGCAAUCUAUAACUGUGGAACUUAAUUUUUUUGUGUGUGGAUUGGGAAGAGAGUUAUGCAGUGCUGCAUGAGAAUAGGAGGCAAAAGUACAAAAUACUUGCAAUCAAGUAUGAAGCUAAAACCAUUUGCUGUGUAUUGGAUUUUCCUUUUCAAAAAGUUUUAUCCAGUAUUUGCUUAUAAGUAAGAUGUAUCUUUGUGUGUGUGAGGGGGGCACUUCUGUGCAUAUCUCAUAUGCACAGAAUCAUGAAGUGCUUGAGUUUUAAAGCACUUUACUUCAGAUAUUUCUUUAUCAUCUAUGUGAGAUUAUUAUAUUGCAGGAUCAGAAAUCGGAAUUCGUGGUAUGAAUCUAUGUAACGUUUGCAAUAUUUAUGUUGUGUAUAUGCCAAUUCGCUAUGUUUACAUUGCACACAGCAGAAGGCAGGAAAUCUCACUUGAAAUGUUCAUGAGCCCGAAGGGUAAGUUUUUUUUCUGCAUUGUUUUUGGAUUCCUUUCCUCAGUAUUCUACAGAUGCUUGCCUAACAGAAAAUUAUAUGUGCCAUUCCACAGUCAUACAUAUAUGUACCAUGUAAUGAACAUGCUCCAAACCAGAACACACAGUGGGUGACUCAGUAGUUGCCAAAUAUUCAGGGUCUAACCUCUACCCUACAUUUACGCAGCCUCCACUCCUAUCCAGCCCAGGCCAAGAGACUCCCAGACUUCACCUGACGUUCCUAAGAUUCCAAGGGAACAAGGGUCAAAGCAAUACCCUCUGCUGUCUGACCUUAUUCUAAAAACACAGUACCUGGUAGAGAACUAAGCAGUCAAGUAUUGGAUUUAGUACCAAGGCAUUACCUAAAUAAAGCUCACGCACACACACAAAAUUCCAAAAGGAGGUACAUUUAUUUGAUAAAAGAAAACAUUAGUGAGAACAAAGAUAUUUGGGCAAUUAUGUCAGAUCAAACAAACUGUGCUAAACCAGCCAGUUCUGUACAUAUCAAUAAAAUCAUUGGCUUCGCAGGGACAAAAGCAUACAACACAGAGCAAGGUAAUCUAAAUAUGAUCUGAAGGUGGGAUGUUCCCUGCCAAAAGUAAGGGCCUGCUUUCUUCUAAAAGGCACAGCGACCUAGGUAAAUCUUGUUAACCUGUAAAAAGGCCUCAAGACCCCCCAGCUUUCUGGCACUUUAGGCUACAUGCUUUCCCACCAAACCCAGCUCAAGCAACCAUUCCAGUCAACAAGCUCACAGCUGAUUUACCACAUUUCCAUAUGGAAAAAAUGUGACAGCAGUUGUUUUCAUGUCCAUUAAAACAUAUGUCCAAAUUGUGGAACCUGCCUGCUGAGAGAGUGAGUCUAUAUAGAACGGUUAUCUGAACAAAUGUCAAGGGAAUGAGCCUAUUUCAAGCACACUAACUUCAAGUCUUUCACAGUUUAAGCCCCUUGAAACUUCUGUGGUCAGUAAAUUAGUAGUUCUCGGUCCCACUUAAGAAGUUGUAAGCUUGUUCUGAAUUAUCUAAACGAAGGGAAGAAAAUGCCCUCAAUUAUAGUUCUCUAAAAGAAAAGAGAAGGAAUCUAUAGGGCUGGUACCCUUGGAUGGCAAAAAUUAACAAGUAAACAUCCUUUUAGCAUUUGUCUCUAAACUUGCUGCAAUAUGUUAACAUCUGAAAGUCAUAUUCUUUAAAGAAAACAAAUGAUUUUAUGUACAUACAAAUGUGCUAGGUAGCUGCACUGUUAACCAACAGGGUAAUUAACAAUUUUGUAUGCUUUUAUGUAGAAAAUUAAUUAUGACACCCAUUCCUUAAGCAGUAGCCAUCUAUAAUGCAGAAUAGUUAAAAUGGGGGGGAACCAUUCUAGAAACUACCCAUUUGAAUGAAUUGGCAACAUUUAAUAAGAUUUUAUACAUGGGAUAUAAAGAAAUAUGUGCAUUCUGAAAGUAGAAGGAUCCAGAACUUGCACUCGUGACACUAGCACUCAUGACACUAAAAGUGAGAAAGUAGAAAAUGGCUGCUUCAUCCUUAUGCAUAUUGUUUAUGCAUUUACAUAUCAUUCAUGAUCUGUAUUGCAUUUAUAUGUUUUUUAAUUAAAUAUAUUGUUUCUAACUUGUGUUUUCUAUUUUUGUUCUUUCAACUGAGUUGGGUGCAUGAGAGCAAAUGAAUGUAAUUAUAAUUUAUCUAUGACUUUAUUGAAUUUAUAUCCUGCUCUUGCUUCCUAGGGUAGCAGACAACAAGGGAUAAAUAAUCUUAAAAACAAUUCCAAUAUAGAUGCAGACUGGGAAGGAAAUCAACUUAAAUGACUUUUUGAAAAAGGAAUGUGUUUCUUAUGUGCCAAAACCCAACAAGGAUGACAUCUGGUUAAUACUUAAAGGGAUGGAAUUCAGAAGGGUAGAUGCCACAAUGAUAAAGGCCCGAUUCCUGUUGUGUGGAACAGAGCUCCUGUUUGAUGGUAUCUGCAGGAGGCCCUCACCUGCUAAGCACAGUGACUGACUGUGUGUACAAGGGGUGAGAUGGCGUUUCAGGUAACCUAAUCCCGAGCUGUGUGGGGCUUUAUACAGCAAAACCCAGCACCUUGUACUUAGACCAGAGCUUAAUUGCCAGCUGCUACAAUUCUUUCAACAGUGGAGUAACGUUUUAGCAAUACCUUGCCCCAGUGUGCAGUCAAUCUGCCACCUUUUGCAACAGCUGCACCUUCUGGGCUAACCUCAAGGGCAGCCCCACAAUCAAGCACAUUGCAGUAAUCAUGCCAGGAGAUUACCAGCACACAGACCACGGUCGUAAGGCUACUGCAGUCCAGGAACAGCAGGAGCUGUCUUACUAGCCAAAGCUGGUGAAAGGUACCCCUAGCCAUAAGGCCACCUAGGUCUCUAUGCAUCCAAGAUGGAUCCAGAAACACCCCCAGACUAUGAACCUCCUUCAGGGGAAGUACAACCCCAUCAAAAGCAGGCAAUCACCCAGUUAUCUGGACCCAGAAACCGCUUACUCACAGGACCUCCAUUUUGCCAGGAUCCAGGGUCAGUUGGUUGGACUUCAGUAGAGUCCAGGCACUGGUCCAGGGCUCUCAGGUGGGUGUCAUUGCCAUUCUAAGAGAGCAAGGUAAGCUCCGGCACCUCUUUUUAUAGAAAAAUAGCACUGCCUGUAGUACAACUGCCAGAGGCCUGGAAGAAUAACCUAAUGCUAUUAUCUGAAACCAGCUUUGAAAAUGGGAUCUGAACCACUGUAAAACAAUGCCUCUAAUAGCCAUCUCACAGAGUAAGCUCAGAAAGAUACCAAGGUCAGUGUUGUCAAAAGCCACUGAAAGAUCAAGUAAGAAUAGGCUUUUGAUACAUUGACCAUGGUAUCUCAAGCCAACUUUGAAAGAUAGGUUAUAGGGUUGUACUCCCCUGUCCUCUUCCUGAUAAAAAUGAUCCAUCAGGGAAGCCAAAGCUGAUUGAGUCCCAUAACCAGUCCUGCACCCAGACUGAAAUGGGUCAAGAUAAUCUGUUUCAUCCAAAAGUACUUACAAUUGGUGCACAACAACUCUCUGAAUCAUCUUUUCUAAGAAGAGGAUGGACAGCAUGCAACUGGGCGUGAGUUGUCAAAAACCAAUGGCUAUUUAAGAGUUUGUUUAGUAACAAACUAUAGCUGCAAUAAUAGGACUGCAAUCUUAUAUACACUUGAGAGUAAAUAUGCUUUUCAACAUUCAGUAGUAACCCCUCCCCUCUUUAUAUGUUAAAGUUUAACAAUAAAAUAGUUCAGAAUCCAAGAGAAAAGUAGAUAUAAGUAAUAGUACAAUCUCUAGAACACAUGAAGACUAGUGUGCAUUCAAGGUUUAAUCCUAGGUAAGAUGAUCCUUUAGAUAUGUGGAAUGCUGGCUGUUUAAAGGCUGUAAAUGUCAAAAAGAAUACUAAUAGGCAGCUGAGUCAAAAUCGGAGUUACAUGCUUUGUGUGGUCUGCUCCUGUCAGAAUAAGCUGCAGCAGUAGCUUCCAAACAAUCUUCAAGGGCAGCCCAAUGCAGAUCACAUUACAGUAUCCAAAAUGAGAUGUUACUAAAGAAUGGCUAAAAUUCUGAUAUGAGAGAAAGGGAUAUAACUUGCUUGCCAGCUUAAAGUGGCAAAAGGUGUACUCCUUGCCACAGCUGUCACCUGAGAAGCACCAAAUCAGAGUUGAGAGUCACUCUGAAUAAGAAGUCACUUUUUGAGUGGGAAUUCAAUUUCUGGAAGAACAGGGAAAUUCAGUCUCCCUUAAUCGCUGCUCUCUGUCUUAUCCGGAUUCAGGGAAUAUUGCUGUUUUUUAUUUGAUAUAAACAGAUGUCAACAGCAUAUAAUUCUGCUGUCUGCACUUAUGUAAUACAUCCCUUUGGUAAAUGUACAAUAAUGUUAAAUAUAAUGUUAAAAAGCAGAGAGGCUAAGAUAGAACAGUCUGGAAUCAAACAGGAAGGAAGGAACAGGGCCACUGCAAAUCGGUUUAUCCACUGCUGGUUUUCGGAAUUCAAACACUCAGCAGAAAUUGAACUUACUGAAUCCCUGCUGGAGGAGCACACUUUUGCCCUGGAUAUAAUCACAAUGAGGCUAUAAGUUUAGCAAAAUAAAAAAGCUAUGUUUAUUAUAAGAAAUGCAUGAUAGGAAAGAUCCCAGUUCUAUCUGACUCUGGUAGAGAUGCCUUGAGCCAUGCUUGCUUUUGCAACUCAGCAGGAGAGAUGCAGAAAAUAUUUCCUUGCGGAAGGUAAGGAUGAAGAAGUAGGAAAUUUGUUAAAUUUGGUUAAAAGGUGUGACACUUUAACAACUUCAUGGUGAGUACUGGCACCUAUUUUUCUAGAAAAGAAGCACUGCUUAAGAGUAUCAUUUUAGCAGCCAAGGGAAGGACAACACAGGUUAGAUCAGAAAGGACCGCCUAGGAAACUUGGAGGUUCCUAUUUCUAUGUACUCUUCCCCAUGCAGACACAUUAGCCUCCAGUGCAAGCUGAGUCGCAUCUCAAUACUUCCUACACUCCCAAUUGUCUUAGCUGGUAAAAGUGUAUCAGAUGCUUCUGAGUUUAUAAGUUAAUUAAGAAGAGCAAGCAGGUUCACAUUCUCAUACAGGAAGAGGCACAGACAGUUCAUUAGGGUAACUAAUUGAAGAAUAUUUUACAUUCUGACUGGUAUGGAUCUAGAAAACCUGAUCCAAGAGUUUCUCGGAACUACGUAGGUCUCAGCAUUCCAGGUGCCAGGGAUUGGCUGAGCUGAGAGAAAGUGAAGGCAGAGAAAGAUCUCUUUUCCUCCCAGUCAUAAUGACAUAGCUGUCACCACUAUUGCAGCCCCCACAGCUGCGUACGAAGGAGUUGGAGGGCUCACUUGUGAGGUGCUGACAGUAGAAAUCUCAGAGAGAAAUAUGCAUAUAUUUCUACAAGCUUUCUGCAAUGUUGCUCAUAACUAUUAUCCCCAAUCUGAAUCGAGGCUUGGACGUUUACUCAUCACAUAGACCAACAGCUGCUGGAUGCUUUCCAAACUUUUCAUGUUGGUGACACACUUUUUAAACAUGCAUUAUUUUGUGAUACAGUAAUUCAGUUUUACUAGAAAACCGGAAGUUCAACUAACUCCUUUCCAGUCCCAGGAGGAGCGUGAGGAGCUUUCGUGUGACACUGCAGCAUACACACUAACACGUCAUGACACACAGUUGGGAAAGCUCUGCUGUAGACUUUCCAGGCAUAGAUAGCCAGGAAACAAGAUACCAUUGUGUCUCAUUAUUCCCCAUCACCUGCACAUAGCAGCCAGUGUGUUGGAUUAGGGGGCUGUGUUUGUAGGGAAAUGUGUAACGUCAUGACAGUGUCUCAUGCAUUUGUUUUAUUGGAUGUUAGCUAGGGAAAUGCAUGGGUCGGCAACACUCAUUUAUUUAGCUAGGUCUUUAAUGUUUACUUGGGUCUUUAAAGCUGCCAGCAGUGUAGUAGCUUGGACAGGGCUCAACCAGGGGUUGCUGUCUGUGAAAGUCUGAGGAACCUUCAGUACCCAUCACUUGUCUGUCAAUGGAAUAAUAUUUAUUUAUUUCUGCUACCACAAAGAGUUUUUCCUGUCCAUUACGUGGUGACAAAGCUGGGUUCCUUACUCAAUCAGCCUGUAAUUAAGCCUAGUACUAACUAACUGAAACAAUUGCAUAUUCCUUCCUUCCCUCCCCUUUUUUUGUUUUCCUUCCAUCAAACAUUAGAAUGUAAGCUCAAUGGGGCAGGGAGUGGGGAUCUUGCACUCUGUAUAACACUAUGCACAGUGAUUGUUUCAUGCAGAUAAAUCACUGUCUCUUAUAACACACAAUGAACUGUAAAUUCUGGGCCUGAUUAAUUGUUUGCAGAGUUUAUGUAAACAUUAAAAUGGGAGAAUGCAAAAUACUG